AUGGUCGACCUGCCCUUCAUUGAACAAGUUAACUUAGCUUCGACAUGCAGGAUGGGAGUAACUCAGUUAACAUAUCUUCUAUUUGCACUUCUAUUUGCUAAUAUUUCAUCUGCGCUUUGGGGACUAUCAUAUCCCAUUCCUUCAUAUCAGCAACCACUAGCCCUUGAACACAAGGAGCACAAAUCCAUGAUGGAUAAGAUCAUCCCUGACUUUCUUAAGCCACAGACGACAGAGCCGGUUGAGGAUUUGAGCGUCAAGUUUGGCGGAGAUGGCCCUAUCAUCUCAGAUGUUCUUCCCAAGACCAAGGGCAUCAAUAUCUUCGCUCGCUUGACUCGGGACUUUGAGCCCAUCGCCUCUCGUCUCAACGAUGCGUCCAAGAACAUGACGGUGCUAGCGCCUCGCAACAGUGCAAUCCAAGCGCUUCCACGGAAGCCUUGGGAAAACCCAGAGGAUUACAAGAAGUUUGGUGAAGUAAACGCAUAUGAAGGUCAAGAUGGCCAGGACCGGGCAAAGCAGAAUUUAGAGCGCUUUGUGAAGGCUCAUCUUGUCCCUGCUAGCCCUUGGAGGGCUGGGGAAGAGGCUGAGACCCUUGCAGGGGAGAAGCUAAAGUGGACCAAGGAGGGCGAUAGAAUAUUUAUCCAACCAGGCAAUAUUGAAGUUGAUACUGUUGCAGAGAAAGUCUCAAAUGGAGAAGUCUGGAUCCUUAAUGAUGUUAUAAACUACCGUCAAGAAUGA